AUGCCUUAUCCUAUCGGGUUGGCUAGUCUUCAGCUGGCGUCUUUCGGGUUCAUCUUGGUGCAAUUCGGUGCGGGGAUUUGUGGGACUUUCGUGGUUUCACGCUGUGGCCGCCGUCCUCUCCUUCUCGGCCUGGGUGCGAUGAAUAUCUCUUCAUUCAUCUUGUAUAUUCUGUUCGAGCGUCUUUUCAGCUACUACGGUGGCCCCUGGGGCUAUGGAUGUAUUUUAGCGCUGUGCAUUUUCGGCUUUUCCUAUGGGCUGGGGCUGGGCCCGAUCUCUUGCUUCAUCACCAGCGAACUCGUCGUGCAACGGUAUCGCUCUCUGGUGCAGAGUAUGAUGUACGUGACGAACACGCUGAUCAGCCUGGUCGUCUCCUACCUCGUGCUACCGGCCUACACCCAUUUCGGGUGUCUCUCGUUCCUCGUGCUCUUCGUCAUCCCGUCGCUCUUCGCGUUUGCCUAUCUCUACAUCAAUUUGCCGGAGACGAAGGAUCGAGAGAUCGACGAGAUUGUCGGCGAGCUCAAAGAAGGGGUCGGCUGCUGCACGGCAUCGCGUAGCUUCUCGGAAUCCUCAUCCACCAACAACAUCACUUCCGAAGAAACCCCAUUGACCAAACAAAAAACCGGCCAAUCCCUGCUACCG